UCCUUUCACUUUCCCUACCACCUACCUACACACUGGAGAACUAGAGAGAAGGCACCACUCUUCCUUGCCUGGAGUGGGUGACAGCACAGGGUCCUGGCCUGGCCCCUGUGACUGGGGACAGAGAACAGCCAUGGCUCCCAAGCGCAAGCUCCCUGUGCAGCGUGAAGGCCCUGAGAAGAAGAAGCAGCAGGGGGCAGAGGAGGACAGCUUCCACUCCACUGCUGAGGCCCUCAGGGCCGCACCCACAGAGAAGCGCGUAAUCCGAGUGGACCCUGCAUGUCCACUCAGCCGCAGUUCCGGGACCCAGGUAACCUUUAGUCCUGAGCCAGGCCUGGUGCCUGCACACUCGGAGGUACAAAUACACUCAGACCACUCCCCUGGGCUUAGCUCUGGCCACGUAACGCAAGGCUCCCAGUGCCGGGUUCUUUCAAGACCCCACAGGUCAGGCAAGGCUGUUUCCCAUCAGAUCUGGGCAGGCCGUGUCUGCUCCUUGGACCCCAGGGCCCCAAGCCCCCAAGAGGAUGGCCGCCUGGGCAGCAGAGCCAGGGCCUGGGCAGCCUAUGAGGUGAGGGGGCCAGAGGAGCACGGAACGGUUAUUGUGGAGGCGACAGCCCUGCUGGGUAACGGCGCGCUGCUGGUCGUGGUGCUGCGCACGCCAGGACUGCGCGAUGCGCUCUACCUGAUGCACCUGUGCAUCGUGGACCUGAUGGCCGCCGCCUCCAUCAUGCCGCUGGGCCUGCUGGCGGCGCCGCCGCCCGGGCUGGGCCGCGGCCACUACAUUGGCUACAUGUUCCUUGGUGAGGUGGCACUGGGCAGAGAGCACCAUAUCACCAUCGACGAGCCCAGCUUGAAGCAGCCACCCCCUGGCUUCGACAGUGUCAUCGCCCGAGGCCGCACCGAGCCUGAUCCGACCCAGGACACCGAGGUGGAGCUGGAUGGCCAGCGAGUGGCGGUGCCCCAGGGCCGGCCUGUGCCCUGCCCAGAGUUCGGCAGCUCCACAUUCUCCCAGAGCGAGUACCUCAUUUACCAGGAGAGCCAGUGCCGCCUGCGGUACCUGCUGGAGGUGGACGGAGGCCCAGUGAAGACCGUGGUUCAGCGGGUGCGGACUUGCUCCCUGGACACAGCCACGCAGAAGCUCAUUGACAACAUCUUCAGCAAGGAUAUGUUCAAUAAUGCCAUGGCCAGCAUGAACCUGGAUGUGAAGAAGAUGCCCCUGGGAAAAUUGAGCACGCAGCAGAUUGCCCGGGGCUUCGAGGCCUUGGAGGCACUGGAGGUGGCCCUGAAAGCUCCCACAGAUGGUGGCCGCAGCCUGGAGGAGCUGUCUUCCCACUUCUACACUGUGAUUCCCCACAACUUUGGCCGCAACCGGCCCCCACCCAUCGACUCCCCCGAGCUUCUUCAGGCUAAGAAGGACAUGCUGCUGGUGCUGGCCGACAUCGAGCUGGCCCAGACCCUGCAGGCAGCUCCCGAGGAGGAGGAGAAGGUGGAGGAGGCGCCACACCCACUGGACCGAAAUUACCAGCUCCUCAAGUGCCAGCUCCAGCUGCUGGACCCAGAGGCGCCAGAAUACAAGGUGAUCCGCACCUACUUAGAACAGACUGCCGGCAACUACAGGUGCCCUACUCUUCAACAUGUUUGGACAGUGAACCGAGAAGGGGAGGGAGAUAGGUUCCAGGCCCACUCCAAGCUGAGGAAUCGGAAGCUGCUGUGGCAUGGCACCAAUGUGGCUGUGGUGGCCGCCAUCCUUACCAGUGGGCUCCGCAUCAUGCCACAUUCCGGUGGCCGUGUUGGCAAGGGCAUCUACUUCGCCUCGGAGAACAGCAAGUCCGCUGGCUAUGGUGAGGUGCCCUCAGGCUGAGCCCUGGGCGGGUGAGGGACUGAGGAGGAUGGGGCCCAGUGUUUACCCAAUUCAUCGGGGCUGCUGAAGAGGAACCCUUGAAAGGCUACUGACCAAAGUGCUCAGUGGGGCAUCCUCGGGUUUGGGGGGGACCCAGGGACAACUUCCUAGAGAAGGCCAUGCCAUGCAGGUAGGGUAUCGUGCCAAGCAGACCUGGGAAGGAGGUGAAAGACAAACCUUUGAGGAAAGCGGCCAGGGGCUGGCACAGAGGUUGGGAGGCUGUGGCAGGUCAGGACCUCC